AUGCCUUGUAACUGUCGACACGGUACGGGAUCUCACGAACACCUGCGGGAUGGUUUUGUUCGAGAGGGUGUGUUUGGUAUAGGAUCGCCUUUAAACGAGCAAGUAGAUUUGCCCUUGUUGCAGCUAUGGAAUGCAAGACACAGCGCCUUUGAAGCGGCACGCCUGUUCGAUCCAAAAAUGGAAGAUAAUCAAGACGCGGUCUGUAGCGAUGCUGACCCUGAGCUCUUGUUUCUGGUGCCCCUUAAGCAAGUUUGCCGUGUCAGAGGCAUUUCUAUUCUUGGAACAAACGAUGACUUUGCCCCGGCUCAAGUAAAAUUAUUUUGUAAUCCCACUGAUGUUGUGGGCUUUAACUCUGUCCGUCGUUUGCAACCGCAGGAAGAAAUUCAGUUGGCACAAGUCUCCUCGGGAGACCGAAUAGUGUACCGUCUGAACCCGGCGAAAUUCUCUGCUUGCUCGAAUCUGGGACUGUUUUUUGAGCGAAGCUUUGGUGAAGAUGAAACCCAUUUACUCCGUAUUGAUCUUUUCGGUGAAUCAACGGGAAGGUCCGUUCAUCAAGAAGUGGCCACAAAUAUUGUGUACGAGGCACAACCAAACCCGGCAGACCACAAAGUAUCUGAUGAACAUCUGAAAACAUUUACGGUGCUUUAG